GUGUCGGAAUUAUAUAAAUUGUCUGUGGAAUAAAAAAAAUUGGAAUAAAACUCAACUGAAAUUUGACCAACAAGUUAGUUAGUUAAAUUGUAUCAUUUGAAUCACUUCUCAAAAUUUAUAUUCACUGUUAAUCAUGAGAAUACAUUAGAUUGUUGCUUAAUUUUCAAUUACAAUACAAAUUGGUUGGAAGUGAAUAAGUAUAAUUAAUCUAUAACGUUAUCCAUCUUGUUAAUUAUCAUCAUGAUUCAAACUCAUUUAAUUGUGUUUACUAUUGUUGUUACAAUGGUGAUUUCAGGGGAUUUUCAGAGUGUCAAUAACAAUCUAAUUAAUUCUAAUGAGUUAAUUAAAAGUUCAUCACUUGGUGAUAAUCAACAAAUCGACAAUUCAGUGCGGAAACAAAUUUCUCAAAUUGAAGAUAUUCUCGUUGGUCUUGAUCGUUUCAUCGCAAUUAACCAUAGGAUAAGGUUUGGACGAAGUAUUAAUCCAUCGGAUGAUUUAACUCAUGCACUUCGGAAACUUUCAUCGAGGUUACGAAAUUUACUUAGAUAUUAUAAUAUGUAAUUUGAUUUGAUUGAGUUUCUAAUAAUCAUCAUGAUUAUUUUAAACGAAAAUGAUCAACUUAUUUUUUUGUCAAAUUAAAAAUUCUCUAAAUGUAAAUCGAUCAAUAAAUUUCCCUUAUAUUAUUAU